AUGCCAUCGUCUACAUACCACAACAAGUCGAGCAGCUCUCCCACAUACGCUGUCCGAGCUGGCAAUGCAUUUGCUCAGCAGGCCGCCAAUUCCAGCUCCUCACCUGCGUAUGGUGGUAGCGGCACGAAUGGCGAGUAUGCAGUCGACCGCAUGGAGAGCGUCACUCACCGCGGCCGGUACUCGUAUGCGAGUAACAGUAAUACCGCUCAAGGCCCGGCUCACCCCACCAACAGCCCCCGUAGGGUGCGGAGGCGGAAGGAUCCGACGCCGUUCAAUGUCCUCGUCGUUGGAGCCAAGAACAGCGGCAAGACGUCCUUCAUCUCCUUCCUCCGACAGUCUUUAGCAUUAUCCCCUGCCAAGCAACACCACCACGCCGACACGUCCAAUGACGGCCAAGCCACGGUCACCAGCUCCUCUUUCACCUCUCACUAUCUCGAGACCGAGCUGGAAGGCGAGCGGGUGGGUUUGACGCUGUGGGACUCUGCGGGCUUGGAGAAGCACAUCAUCGACCUGCAGUUGCGAGAGAUGGCCACCUUCGUCGAGUCGAAGUUUGAAGAGACGUUCGUCGAGGAGCAGAAGGUCAUGCGCAGCCCGGGCGUCAAAGAUACCCACAUUCACUGCGUCUUUCAUGUCUUGGAUCCCGUCCGGCUGGAUGCGUCGGUGGCCACUUCUGGCGGUCUGGGGGCUAGUAAUGGUCUUGAUGAGGAGAUGGACCUGCAAGUCAUUCGUGCGCUUUGGGGAAAGACUACCGUCAUCCCGGUCGUGUCGAAAGCGGACACCUUGACGAUCGGGCACAUGGCAUUCCUCAAGCGUGCCGUCUGGAAUAGUCUCAAGGCAGCCAGGCUCGAUCCUCUGGAGGCACUGGAUCUAGAAGGUGAUGAAGACGAAUUCGACGACGACCUAGACGAGGAGGAUGAAGACCGAGGCGCAGAAAACGGCGCAUUCUCGGCUCAGCACGCAGACGACGACGACGACGAAGUUAGUGACUACGACCGUGACUUCGGCGCUGACGACGACGACGACGACGACGACGACGACGACAAAAUCGGCAACAAUACACCUCACCCGUCAAGCCUCAAACGCAACGCCCACCACCGCCAAUCCUCCCUCGUCCUCCCCUCCAACCCCAACACCACCACCACCACCACCACCACAACCAACAACACGGACAACGCGGACAGCGAAACGCCGUACAUCCCCAUGUCCAUCCUCUCCCCCGACCCCUACGACUUUCAUUCCACCAGCAAACCGCCGGGCCGCCACUUCCCCUGGGGCACCGCCUCCCCCCUCGACCCCUCCCACUGCGACUUCGUCCGCCUACGCGACAGCGUCUUCUGCGAGUGGCGCGGCGAUUUGCGCGACCUGACGCGGACGAAGUGGUAUGAGAACUGGCGCACGCUGCGGCUGAGGCAUUUGCCCGGCGGGGGCGGGAGGAGGGUUCGCGGCGGGAUCACGCCGGUUGCCGCUGUGCCGCGGGAGGGGAGGACGAGUGUUAGUCCGCGGGAGGGGAGGAAUGUUUCUGCACCUUCGGCCGGGUUUGCGUCUGCGUCUGGGUCUGCGUCUGCUGGGGUGGGUGCUGGUGUGGGGGCGGGGAGUAGUGUGCCGAGGAGUGUUUCUGGUGGUGGUAUGACGGCGUCGGGUGGUAGUGGUAGUGGAGGGGUGGGGAUGGCGGUUUCUCCGUCUCUAGCUGAGCGGGGUGGCGGCGGCGGCGGCCUGAGUAAGGCGGAGAGGUUGAUGGGGAUUGGGAUUGGGGAGGCGCAGGGGUUGAGUGGGCGGGGUGGCGGUGGCGGUGGGGGGACGUAUCGGAGUGUGGAUACUUAUCAGUGA